AUGAAAGGUCGCACCCACCGCGGGUCUGCGGUCGCAAGAGGCUUUGACGCGCCGCGCGUCCUGCCCCAGCCGCACCGCGUCGUCGUGUGCGGCGGCGGCAUCGUCGGCCUCGCCACGUGCUACUACCUCGCGCGCAAGGGCCACGAGGUCGUCUGCAUCGAGCGCGAGGCCAGCAUCGGCUGCACCGCGUCGGCGGCCCACGACGGCACGUACUUUGACGCGACGCUCUACUCGAGCUGGGCCGACAUGUCGCUCUUGUACCAGAAGCACCACGCCAAGCACAAGCCGUUCCGCGUCCACCCGCGCGCGUGGCUCGACCCGUCCUUCUGGUCCUGGGGCGUCAAGUUUAUGCUCAACAUGUCGAGCAAGAAGGCCAAGGACAACAUGCGCAAGACGCGCGACCUCGACUUCUACAGCCAGCGCAAGCUGCAAGAGCUCUUCCGCAUGUUUCCCGAGCUCGAGGACGAGCUCGACUCGGUCGCCGAAGGCACGCUCGAGCUCUUUGCGUCGGCGAGCACUGCGGACGAGAUUAUGGACUCGGACCGCAUCAAGCACAGCAUGGAGUACCGGUACCCGCUGACGCCCGUCGACAAGACCGAGGGCCUCGAGAUCGAGCCGGCGCUGCGCCCGGACGCGAUCCGGCUCGGCGCCAUGUUCUCGCCGAUUGGCACCAACGGCGACGUCCACAAGACGUGCCUCGCGCUCGCGCAGCUCUGCAAGCGGCACGGCGUCAUGUUCCGCUGCAACACGGAGAUCGAGGACGUCCUCGUCGUCGACGACCGCGUCGUCGCCGUCCAAGUCCGCAACGGCGACCUCAUCGAAGGCGACUCGUUCGUGCUGGCGCUCGGAAACCACACGUCGGCGGUCGCCAAGCUCGCCGGCGUCAAGCUGCCCAUGUACCCGAUCAAGGGCUACGUGCUGCGCGUGCCGACGACGGCAAAUGCGACGCCGCUGAAAUGCAACGUCUACGCGGGCGGCCAAGCGCUCAUCUCGCCCGAGCGGGACGACAUGGUUCGCAUCUCGGGCGGCGCCGACAUCACGGGCUUCAACUACAAGAAGGACGCGAAGCGCAUUGCGUCCUUGCUGGCGCACGCCAAAAAGUGCUUUCCGGACGGGUACCUCGACGAGGCCAAGAUGACGACGCAGGUGUGUCUGCGCCCGGUCAGCGCCGACGAAGUGCCGUUGAUCGGCCAGACGCUGGUCGAAAACCUAUUUAUCAACGCCGGCCAUGGCUCGAAAGGCUGGACGCUUGCCUUCGGCGCCGGCGCGCUCCUCGCCGACCAGAUCAGCGGCCGCGCGCCCGAGAUCAACAUUGAAAAGUACUCGCCGCUGCGGUUUGGCCUCUUUGCCACGCAGCAAACCCAGCCCUAGUUUUAGAUAGACGCCCUAUGAAAAUUUAUUCUCUUAUUUAGUUGACACACCAC